UCAAGGUAGUGUGCUCCGUCGGCGUGCACCUCAAGGAGCUUUUUUGCCUGUUAUUAAUAGAAGAGAUGGCGAGCUGGUGUGUUCGUGCAGUUAGACAAAGCUACUCUCUCGUAACCUCACCAGCGUUUGCACGAGCGUCACCACGGUUAUUAUGCACCGCAACUCAGCAGAAGAGCGGAGAAGAGGAGGCGGCGGCAUCAGAGCAGAGUACAGCUGACAAGGCUCUGCUGGAGGAGAAGACCAAAUUGGAGGAACAACUUAAAGACAUGACUGAGAAAUACAAGCGGGCAUUAGCAGACACAGAGAACCUCAGGAGGAGGAGUCAGAAGAUGACAGAAGAUGCUAAAUUAUAUGGUAUCCAGGGUUUCUGUAAGGACCUACUAGAGGUGGCAGACAUUUUAGAAAAGGCCACCGAGAGUGUGCCCAAGGAGGAGGUGACUGCCCAGAACCCCCACCUGAAGAACCUGUAUGACGGCUUGGUGAUGACCGAAGUCCAGAUCCAGAAGGUCUUCACCAAACAUGGCCUGGUCAAGCUCAACCCUGACGGACUCAAGUUUGACCCCUAUGAGCAUGAGGCCCUGUUCCACACACCGGUGGAGGGGAAGGAGCCAGGCACUGUCGCCGUGGUUACUAAAGUGGGCUACAAGCUACAUGGACGCACCCUCCGGCCAGCGCUAGUGGGCGUGGCCAAGUAGUGUGAAUAUGUGUGUGAAUGGAGCUCAGAUGUGGGCAAGUUAAAGUUUUUCUGGUGGAGAAAAGCUCCACUUGUCUCGAUGGAGAUGUUAAUGUUUUGGAAUGUUCUAGAGUUUGGCAUUAUACAGUUCUGUCUUUGUCAAUUACAGGCGUAUCAGUGUUUCUGUGGCUAAAAAUACUUUGACUCGGGGGUCGCCUCUCAACAGAUCUGACCUAUAACUGGCUUCGCCUGAUUCUCUUUAUGGAAAUAUGGUACAUAAGCUUAAUGCCGUUCUGCAGAGCAUUCCAUUCAACACACUAUUACAGACAAAAACUUACAUAAUGUGCCAUUUAAGUUCAUUCAUUUUUUUCCAAUACUUUUUUAUGCAUAUUGAAAGUUUAAAGAUUGAUAGUUGUUUAUCAGCUCUGGGGUAAUUUAUAAUCAUUAAUAAAAAUGAAUAAUGCACUUAUACCUAGUUUGCUUUUAAUUCUCAGAUACAUAUUUUGAUUUAAAUGGUAUUAUAACAAGAGCUGCACAGUAUGCCAAAAUGUAUUAGAAAUUACAUUCAUCAAAUCACAAUUUCUUAGAUGAUUCAAACAAAAUAUCCUGUUUUUAAAUAUGAAAAUCUUGUACCUGUGGCUUAGACUUCUAUAAACUGGGCUCUGUACUGUUCAAUAAUCUUACCAGUACCUAAAAACAAUACCUAGUUUACAAUACAAAAAACUGAAGUGCUUAAUUUCAUUCAGGAACUUUUGUCAUACACGCAUGACAACGUGCUUUCAAAAGAAAAAAUCUUCAUUUAUAAUAUUUGCUGUUAUACUGGAUAUUAAUACUGUGUUUAUUUUCUGCAAUUUAUUAUUUGUGAUACAGCAGAGCCAGUCACACUCUUCGGUAACCCCAUAUCUGAUUAACCUUUAACUUCACUUUAAACUUUAAUAUAUACUUUGCAUCUUUUCUAAAGUAUUGAAAAAAAUGAAUGGGAAUGUUUGAGCUCUUUAAAUGGGACGUUUGCAUUUCCUCCGUGGAUAACAGAGGCUACAGUGGACUGGAAACUGCCCCCUGUAACCCUAAGGUGCCUCAAGGGAAGUCAACUGAACUCUGGACACUAUUCAACCCGUUUUAGAAAAUUUGAUUUAUAAAUUGUUUGAAAAUAACAGAAAUCAUAUUUGUUUUAAACUAUCAUUCCAGCCCACAUCAUCCAGGCCUAAAUUCUUUUGUUUUGAAAGUGUAAAAAUGUAUUAUAUGAAGGCAACCAAGUGCUUAAGAAAUAAAAUGAUACAUUUAAUAACAAGCAUUACUCUGUCAA